GUAAGAUGUGGGCGGGGCAGGCCGGCACCCCCAGUAACCCGGCGGGGCAGGUACCGCCUGGGCCUUUCCGCUUUCCUAAGCGUUGGGAGGCCACCUGUGCUGAGUCUCUUUAGAAACCCCAGUCGUUCCCAGGGCUCUACCUGUUACAACCGUGGCCUCAGUUUUCCAUCCUGUAAAAUGGGGAGAACCAUUGCCAUCGCCCCUUUUACUAAUUCCUUUUAGGGAUCUCUCUAAGGUUCAUCUUUGAAUUUUUACCCCAUUUAAUGUUUCUGAAUGUGUUUGAUAGAGUAACUGUUAGCUCGUUUUUAUUUCAACCCUGCUGUCUCAUUAAAUCUGCUAUCUCACUAAAUCUGCAUUCUUCUCUCUGAGAUGAGGCAGAGACAAAGUUUCAUGGAGAAGCUGUGGGUAGGAGAAUCGCUUUAGCCUGGAGGAUUUUGGUUUGCAGAAAGCGAUGCCUGUAGCAGGGAGGAGUGAUCUUGAAUGGCUGAGUAGGAGGAACAGAAACUUGAUUGCUUCUCAGUGGGCUGCUGUCUCAGACCUGGUAUGGGACCUGGGCAGGGGGCCUGUUACCAGAGAUGGGACCAACCAUUCCUAGCUGUUCUGCCCAUCCAGGUGUCCUUUUCUGGGAAUGGGAAGCAAACCUGAGGAAGUUUCUUAAAUUCUUUAGAUUUGUGUUGGCCAAACAAAUGUUUUUGUGUCAGUCAAGUUGGUGUCAACUGGGUCGCAUGUCACUGAGUUGGUACUAGCCUCCAGAGCCACGUGGACAGGAGGGGGACACUGAGGUCAGAGGGAAGGGGAAGUAAGUUCUCCAAGUCUGUUAAAGGAGAACCUGAGGGACUGCUUUGUCAGGUGACCAGAUCUGCCAGCUUGGGGAAGAUUUUUUUUUUUUUUUAAUAGCCAAGCCAAGUCUACUUUCCUUAUUCUCUAUCUUGCUUUGGAGCUUGGCAUCAGCAGAGCUGAGUGGCAGUGUGCAAACUGCCACUUUUAAAAUCAGUCAAUAAACUUCAAGGAGAUGGAUUGUGUUUCAAGCUCUCCCAAAGCUUUACCCCAAGAAUUUGAGAUAAGGCUGGGUGGGGGAAGUGGGGGCAUCUCAUUUCUCCAGGGAAUAUUUCUAGGCCACACUCUCUUUGAGUGGUGGUAAGGCCCUUUGAAAGUUAGGAAAGACGGAGAUUAAUUUUCAGUAAAAAUCUAGAAAUAACCAAGUUGCCAGAAAGAUCAUCAUCACCUGUUACAAAGGUGAAUUUUGAACAGAAAGAGAGGAUUCCAAUUAUCUACUCUUGUUGACUGCCUCCCCAACACCCCAUAACUUUUACAUUUGAAGGGCUCAAGCCCAGAGGGGUCAUUUGACUAGGCUAGGGAACACUGGCUUGGUUUGCUUGUCCUGAAAACAGGCCACUGCUUUCUAGCUUUGUGCUCUUGGGUGAGUUACUUCACUUCUCUGGGCCUCAGUUUCCUUCAGUCUAAGCUGGGGGCAGUGAUCAUUGGUGAUCAUUUUAAUCUCAUGUUACUGUUCUGUGGAUCUCAUAAGAGAAUACAAGUUGAGCAUCAAAUACACAGUAAUUGCUCAGACUAUGUUAGCUGCUACUGUUAUUAUAAUGAUUGUUGCUUCCUGUUCAGCCCUCAGAAUUACACUGUUCACGUUUAUUUUUAUCAUUUUGAAUUGGGUGAGAGCCUAGUGGCUUGAAAGUUUGGCUCACUUGCUGGGCUAUGUGGCUGGUGACAGGGAUCCCAGGAGAUUGAUACCAGGACUUGAGUGUCUAGUGGGAAAGUGUCACCCUGCUAAGGCCUUUCUCUGGCUUUGGGAAAGUAGCCAGAAAGAAAAAUUGUCCCUGGGCCCCAGGCCCUGAUUCAACCCCAAGCUUUCCAGGAGGCAGCUGGGUGUGUGUGUCAGAGCGGGGGGAGGUAGAUGUCAUGGGAAAGGUGUCUCUGGAGCAGCGGUCCUCGCCCUCCUCUCCCCACACACACCCAGCAUUUUGGGGCCCAGGACAAGGGAUGGGCCAGGCAGACCCCCCCAGGAAUGCAACCUGCAGAUACCAACAGCACAGUGCAUAGUCUUCCUGGUCUAGGGGGCUCGUUCUGGACCAGGAGGCAUCACCUGCCCCUGUAGCACAAGCCUGCUGCUGGCAGGAGUCAGUAACUUUUUCACAAGUUCUCACCAAUCAGUAGAUUCCAACAGGUUUUUGACACUCACUAGCAGGAACUAGUGAACUAGUGUGUUCCUGGCUCAUGGACAUGCAUUUGACAGUAAGAGUUGAGACCUCACUGUGUUUUAGGAGCUGAGGAUGGAGCGAUCGGUAAGGCAGGUCAGGUCUCUACCCUUGGGGAACUUCCUGUCUGGUAGUGGAGGGAAGAGGAACAAGGAGGAAGAAAAUAAACAAACAGGGAAAUACAGGGCGAGGAAGAAAAUAAAACAGGAGUAUGUGCUCCAGAGUACUGGGGAGAGGGGCAUUUAAAAUCCAAGAAAGGACAAAUGAACUGAGACCUGAAUGAUAAGGAGCCAGUUGUGGAGGAUGGGGCUGGAGAUGAGUUGAGAAUGCCCAUAGGGAGAAGAGCUGGUGCAAAAGUCCUGAGGCAGGAGGAGGCCUGGAGCAUUUUAGGACUGAGAAACAUUGUGGCUAGAAUAUCCAGCAUGAGAAAGGCAGGGACUGGAGGGGCCAGAUCCUACGGAGCCCUGUAGGUAACUGGAAGGGCUCUGGAUUUUUAUUCUCUGUUGAUGGGGAGUCUUGGAGCCUCUGAUUAAAGGAAUAACAAGAUAUAUUUGUGUUUUCAUAGGAUCUGAUACACUAUAGUGGCAAGCGUAAAGCCAGGAGCUAGUGACAAGGUGGUAUCAGGGGUCCAGGUAGGAGAGGAUAGCAGCUCAGACUAGCAUGGUGUUGAUGCAGAUGGAGAGAAGUGUCCAGCCUUAGGAUCUGUUUUGGAGAAGUUAUUGACAAGUCUAAUAAACGGAAUAUAGAGGAUGAAGGAAACCCAUGUAAUAAGAGUUAAUUUCCCUAUUCUUCUCUAAGUUUCUAACUGAAGCUAUUCUACAGAUAAGGAGGAUGAGUUUUUCCUUUCCUCCUACAGGCCUCAUUUAAGAUGUAAACGAUUUGGUUAUAGGAUUUGGCAUCCAACUAUGGCCCAUGAGCUAAGAAUGAUUUUUACAUUCUUAAAUGAUGGGGGGGGGGCGCGUCAAAAGAAAGGUACUUUGUGAUACAGAUAAUAUGACGUUCAAGUUUUAUGAAAUUUAAUCUCAAUUAUAUGAAAUUUAAUCUAGAAAUAAAGUUUUAUGAGCACACAGCCACACUUACUUAUUUACAUAUCAUCUAUGGCUGCUUUCACACUGCAGUGGCAGAGCUGAGUCAUUGCAACAGAGACUACCCACAAAGCCAAACACAUUGACUCUCUGGCCCUUUACAGUAGUUUGCCAGCCACAGAUCUGGAGGAAGUUAUUCAUUCUCCAAAAAUAUAGCUAUUGGCUUUGAAGAUAGGUGCAGCCAUGGGUGCUUUUCUUGGCAGUUUCAUUGCCGAGGAACAGAUUUGCUUAGUAAUUCCCUUAUCUUACAGUGCCCUGAUCUGUAAAGAAAGGAGUCUCAUGUUCAAAGAGAUGGGGAACACCUCAUGCUAUAUAGAGAUUUGCGACAUUCCUCUCUAGGGAAUACUCUACAGAACUCUGAUUAACCUGGUCAUCCACAAAUGGAAAUAAAAAGAGCUCCCUGGUUGAAUAAUUAUUGGAAAUUUGGCAUCCUGUAUUGUCCCUCCUGGAGACUGACAAUGACAGUGCUGAGAAGGCCUCCAGUAGAAAAGUUGAUUGAACUGUUUUAUACAUCUCUCCGUCCCUUUUUUGAGCUCAGACUUUCAGCUCUCAUCAUUUGAGCUCAUCUCAGCACCUGAGUGGAAGGGAUGAGGCCUUCGGGCUUUGUAUCUUGAGGAGAAAGCACCAAUGAAUGUGGAGCUUUUAAAGCCCUUUCUUGGUGGGAGGGGCCACAAAGGUCUUACUCUCCUAGGUCCUAGAAAAUGCAGGCCAAGUUUUCUCAGAAAGUGCCCCCAGGACCACCUGCCUCAGAAUCAUCCCAGAGUGGGGGUAGCUCAAGCAGCAGAUUCCACGGCCAUCCCAGACUCUGGGCAAUGGGGCCCAGGAACCUGCAUUUAACUAGUUCCAGGUAAUGCUGAUGACACCAGAGUUAGAUUCCCUCUUGGUGCCUUCUUCCAAGAGCUCAAGGAUCAUGCCUGUCUCCUUACCCCUCCAUCCCCACCUGGCACUGAUAUUUGUUGAAUGAAUAAUAACAAUAGGAGCUUCCACUUCUCAGAGUUCAUUGGUGCUAGGCUGAUCUCAUCAGAUUUUUACAACAGCCCUAUGAAUCUGCUGUUCUCAUCAUGCCGAGGUGACAGAUGGGAAAACUGAGGCCCAGAGGAUGGUCAGUCAUGUGUUCAAGAAUUAAGAGGCAGGCCAGAGUUGAUGUCGAGAAAAAAAAAGCCUUAUUUAUUAUCAUUUUCCCCACUGUUGGCAUGGCAACACAGGCGUACGUUACUGAGCUACAGGCAGCCCCGCAACCCUCCCAGCCACCACAGGCUCCGCCACAGGCCCAGCCCCAGCCGCCGCCACCACCAUCAGCAGCACCCCAGCCCCCCCAGCCACCUGCCACCGCCGCCACCCCUCAGCCCCAGUAUGUCACUGAGCUGCAGAGCCCUCAGCCCCAGGCACAACCACCAGGCAGCCAGAAGCAGUACGUGACGGAACUCCCGGCUGCCCCCACGCCCUCGCAGCCGGCCGGCACGCCCACCCCGUCCCCAGUGUCCCAGCAGUACAUCGUGGUCACCGUCUCGGGUGCCAUGCGGGCCAGCGAGACUGUGUCAGAAGCCAGUCCGGGCUCCACAGCCAACCAGACUGGAGUCCCCACUCAGGUGGUUCAGCAGGUGCAAGGCACCCAGCAGCGGCUGCUGGUCCAGACGAGUGUGCAGGCCAAGCCAGGCCAUGUGUCGCCCCUCCAGCUCACCAACAUCCCUGUGCCCCAGCAGGCUCUCCCCACACAACGGCUGGUGGUGCAGAGCACAGCCCCAGGUGGCAAGGGCAGCCAGGUCUCCCUGACCGUGCACAGCACCCAGCAGGUGCACUCACCCCCUGAGCGGUCGCCAGGGCAGGCCAACAACUCCUCCAGCAAGACGGCUGGGGCCCCCACAGGCACAGUACCACAGCAGCUGCAGGUCCAUGGUGUUCAGCAGAGUGUCCCCGUCACCCAAGAGAGGUCCGUGGUCCAGGCCACUCCUCAGGCACCCAAAGCCAGCCCUGUGCAGCAGCUCACGGUGCAGGGUCUCCAGCCAGUCCACGUGGCUCAAGAGAGCUCAGGCAGUCAGUUUCCCGCUAGGAAGGCAGAGCAGCGAGAGCCCCGGCCCACGCCACCACCGGAGCCGCCGCCCCGGCCGCCCACGCCUGGGCCCGGGCCAGGCGUGCUGUCCCCGGAGCUGCAGCCGCUCCCGCCUGCGUGCAGCGGCGAGUUCCCGCAGCUAGGCAGCCCCCAGCCGCCGCCGCCUCAUUACCAACCCGGCGCCGAGCAGUGGGUGGAGUUGGUGGGCGUGCUGCCCCCGCACCUGCUCCUGCCGCAGCAGAAAGUGGUCCUCGAGCCACUGCCCGGGCUCCCGGCCCGAGCCAGCCCCGACCAGAGGGUCAGGAUCCAGAGAGUCCCCCAGGUGCUAGUGUUCGGCACGGCCGCUACGGCCCUCAAAGUGCAGCAGCUCCAGCAAGUGCCUGUCCCACACGUGUACUCCAGCCAAGUGCAGUAUGUGGAGGGCGGGGAUGCCAGCUACACGGCCAGUGCCAUCCGCUCCAGUACCUACCCUUACCCUGAGACGCCGCUAUACACACAGACAGCGGGCACCAGCUACUAUGAGGCUGCAGGCACAGCUGCCCAGGUCAGCACACCGGCCACCUCCCAGGCUGUGGCCAGCAGCGGCUCUGUGCCCAUGUACGUGUCUGGCAGCCAGGUCGUUGCCAGCCCCACCAGCAGCGGGGGUGGAGCCAGCAACAGCAGCAGUGGCGGCAGUGGCGGUGGUGGCGGUGGUGGUGGCGGUGGUGGUGGUGGUGGCAGCGGCAGCGGCAGCGGAGCAGGCACCUACGUGAUCCAAGGUGGCUACAUGCUGGGCAGUGCCAGCCAGUCCUACUCCCACACCACCCGUGCCUCACCAGCCACUGUCCAGUGGCUCCUAGACAACUAUGAGACAGCCGAAGGCGUGAGCCUGCCACGGAGCACCCUAUACUGCCACUACCUGCUGCACUGCCAGGAGCAGAAGCUGGAGCCCGUCAAUGCCGCCUCCUUUGGCAAGCUUAUCCGCUCCGUCUUCAUGGGCUUGCGCACCCGCCGGCUGGGCACCAGGGGCAACUCCAAGUACCACUACUAUGGCCUACGCAUCAAGGCCAGUUCACCCCUGCUGCGGCUGAUGGAGGACCAGCAGCAUAUGGCCAUGCGGGGCCAGCCCUUCUCACAGAAGCAGAGGCUCAAGCCCAUCCAGAAGAUGGAGGGCAUGACCAACGGUGUGGCCGUGGGGCCACAGCAGGCCACCGGGCUGUCAGACAUCAGCGCCCAGGUCCAGCAGUACCAGCAGUUCCUGGAUGCCUCGAGGAGCCUCCCUGACUUCUCAGAGCUUGACCUCCAGGGCAAAGUGCUGCCCGAGGGUGUCGAGCCCGGGGACAUCAAGGCCUUCCAGGUCCUAUACCGGGAACACUGUGAGGCCAUUGUUGACGUCAUGGUGAACCUGCAGUUCACCCUGGUGGAGACGCUGUGGAAAACCUUCUGGAGGUACAAUCUUAGCCAGCCCAGUGAUGCACCGCCGCUGGCCGUGCACGACGAGGCUGAGAAGCGGCUGCCCAAGGCCAGCCUGGUGCUGCUGUCCAAGUUUGAGCCUGUACUGCAGUGGACCAAGCACUGUGACAACGUGCUGUACCAGGGCCUGGUGGAGAUCCUUAUCCCCGACGUGCUGCGGCCCAUCCCCAGUGCCUUGACCCAAGCGAUCCGGAACUUUGCCAAGAGCCUGGAGAGCUGGCUCACCCACGCCAUGAUGAACAUACCUGAGGAGAUGCUGCGGGUGAAGGUGGCAGCUGCUGGCGCCUUCGCUCAGACACUGCGGCGCUACACGUCGCUCAACCACUUGGCGCAGGCUGCGCGCGCUGUGCUGCAGAACACGGCACAGAUCAACCAGAUGCUGAGCGACCUCAACCGCGUGGACUUCGCUAACGUGCAAGAGCAGGCCUCGUGGGUGUGCCGCUGCGAAGACCGCGUGGUGCAGCGGCUGGAGCAGGACUUCAAGGUGACGCUGCAGCAGCAGAACUCACUGGAGCAGUGGGCAGCCUGGCUGGACGGCGUCGUGAGCCAGGUGCUCAAGCCCUACCAGGGCAGCACCGGCUUCCCCAAGGCUGCCAAACUCUUCCUCCUCAAGUGGUCCUUUUACAGCUCCAUGGUGAUUCGGGACCUGACCCUGCGCAGCGCCGCCAGUUUUGGCUCCUUCCACCUCAUCCGGCUGCUCUACGAUGAGUACAUGUACUACUUGAUCGAGCACCGCGUGGCCCAGGCUAAGGGCGAGACCCCCAUCGCUGUCAUGGGCGAGUUUGCCAACCUGGCCACCUCGCUGAACCCCCUGGACCCGGACAAGGACGAAGAGGAGGAAGAGGAGGAAGAGAGCGAAGAUGAGCUGCCACAGGACAUCUCGCUGGCAGCUGGCAGUGAGUCGCCUGCUCUGGGCCCCGAGGCCCUGGAGCCUCCGGCCAAGCUGGCGCGGACGGACACACGUGGCCUCUUCGUGCAGGCGCUGCCCUCCAGCUAAGCCUCCUCUUCCUCAUCCACCCGCCCCCGCUGCCCCUCCACACCAGGGUCCCUCACAGCUUCUGUGGCUUCACUGUCCGCCCUCCAUCCUUGGCCAGGGCCGGAUGGGAGCCUUCCAGACAGGAAAGGCAAAGGGGUCCUCGCCCCCAAUGGGGCCGGCACAAUCACAGGGCCGGGCGGAGCUGCAGCUGCAAACUCUGACACAAAAGACGUGCCUUAAGGAACCCGCCGCUGUGCCCAGGUGCCCCUUGGGGCAGCCAGCUUGGCCCCUUGGCCUGGAAGGCUGCAGCCUCUCUCUUCCCCGCCCUGCCCUCCCACCACCCCAGGGGGCAGGCAGGCAGGCCCCCUUCCCUGCAGAACUGUUAACUUAUUCAGCUCGCUGGCUUUGCACAAGCCUGUCCUGGGCCCAGCCCUGAGCCCCGGGUGGGCACAGGUGGGCAUCACCUAGAGACCGCCCCCUCCCUCAGCAGCAGCCCUGGGACCCCUCCCCCAGCAACCCCACUGCUACCCCCUCCUUGGUAUAAGUGCAAUUAAAGCCGUGGGUGUCGCAUCUUCUCCAGAGCUAGGCCCUCCCUUGCCCCACAGCCCUAGAGGUGGGCACUGCCAGGCCUGGCUCAGAAGGGAGGGUGGCAAGGGGCACUGCCUCCAGCUUCCAAAGAGCAGUGGGCUGGGCCUGGCGGAGCUCCUAGGGGCCUGCUGCGGGCAGUGGGCCCAGAGGUGGCCAUACCCGCAGAGGCUGGGGCUCUGCUGGCUCAGAUCCAAGACCCCCAAGUCCUGUCCCAGGCCUUCCCGCCGGUUUGUAAUGGAACCUCUGUGCUUCUCCAUGCCCUGUGCCAUGCGCCGCACAUACACCCCCCACCCCGCCCCCCACAUGACUUUUGCGAUUGGUGAGUGCCGCCUGAGCGGAGUUGGUAACUUGUUGGGUUUUUUUCCAACCAUCAUGGCCUUAUCUGUUCUGGUUUUCUCAGUGUUUCAACCUGUGAGAUAGAUGUUUAUGGCAAAAAGAAAAAAAAAAACCUAACCUAUUGUAUAAAAAUCACUAUUUUGUGUGCUCCGCGUGCUGUAGGCUUUUGGGGUGGCCUGCCCACUCCCCUUCUUGUCCUUGGGCCUCCCCUCCCAGCGGUGAAAGUGUCCCCGCGUGUGGUAGUCUAGUGUGCCGAGCUGUUUUCUACCUUUUUGUAGUCUUUCUUAAAACAAUAAAUUCCGCUGUGGUAUUUGG